AUGGUGUCGACAAUCCGCGCCGACAACCCACUGCUCCAAUUUGAGGGCUACUUGAACCGAAAGGAGACCGAUCAGAAGAUCAUCCGCAACGUGUUCGCGGAGGGCGACUCCUGCUUCGUUUCGGGCGAUCUCCUCCAUUGGGAUCGACUGGGAUACGUCUAUUUCAAAGACCGUACCGGUGACACCUUCAGAUGGAAGGGCGAAAAUGUUUCCACCACAGAAGUCGAGGCUAUCCUCCACCCAACCGAUGGUGUGGCCGAUGCCACGGUGUAUGGCGUGGCUGUUCCUGGAAACGAAGGCCGCGCUGGUAUGGCCGCUGUGGUCAGAACGGAAGGGGAUGAAAGAUCGGAGAAUGCCUUCUUGGAUUCGCUAGCUGAACGUUUGAUAAACUCGCUACCUUCCUAUGCAGUGCCCCGGUUUAUCCGGCUCUGUCCGCACGUCGACAAAACCGGCACCUACAAGCUCGUCAAAACAAAUCUGCAACGGCUCGGCUACAGCGGCCAAGCCGACGGCCACCGCCUGUUCGUCCUCAGUUCGAAGCUUCGCAGCUACGAGCCGCUCGACGAUGAGGCGAUUCGAUUAGUCGAUGGCGCUCGCCAUCCCAGUCUA